UCCAUAAAAGAAACUAACACCCUACCCACACAGGAACAGCCACUUCUAUUUGGAAAAUCGGGACCCUCCUAUCAAAAAUGGGGCCCCUUUUGGCCCUAUGUAUUCUUCUUUUGAUCCCUAUGGGAUGUUUAUCACAAGCUUGUAGGCCUGAUAACGAAACUCCAGCUAUUAGGGAAGAUGAAAAACCCGGUACAGUGGUGACAGGAUUAAUUAUUAAUCCUGGGCAUACAGUGGAAGUUAACUCAACUAAAUUUGGAAUAAUUGGAACAAAUUUGGUUUUAACUGAAGAAGUAGACUAUGAGGUGGAAACAUUCAUAAGAGUGACUCUUAUCUGCAAAAAUAAUGGCCAGAUUGUUCCUGGAGGAACCGUUUAUAUACAAAUUAUUAAUGUCAAUGACAACGCACCCGUCUUCAAGGAAGUGAGCUAUAAUUUCAGUAUUCUUGAGAAUCUGCCAAUGAACAGCGCCCUUGGUCCAGCAAUACAAGCUGAAGAUGCCGAUAUGGAUACCCUCUACUAUGAGCUCAUUGGGAAUGAUACGGCUGCUGGUUAUUUUAGAUUGUCUUCUGUAACAAAUCCAGUCUUACUACUGAAUAGGUCUCUGGAUUAUGACCUGCACCCCCACAUACGGCUGAAUCUCACUGCACGGGACACUGAAUUUCCUGACGUUCAUCCCAGUUUCACAGCUACAACAUCUAUAAUUAUUGACAUCAUUGAUGCAGACGAUAAACCACCUUUCUUCCAGCCCUGCAGGCUGAUAGGCACGAAGAUCUGUAUUAGCAAUGGCUACACAAGUAGCGUUAACCGUUCUGAACAAGCAACUGAGCCGCUACAGCUGAUGCCUGGCCCUCUAUAUGCUGUUGAUGGAGAUUAUGGCAUUAAUGACCCUAUUUCCUACAGUAUUAUCAGUGGCAAUGAGAACAGUAUAUUUUCUAUAGAUACGGGAAACGGAAACAUAACAAUGGACAAGUCAGUAGACACCUUAAGGACAAUCCUGCUGCAAGUUAUGGCUUAUCAGUCUAAUGAUAUACAGAAAUAUGCCACCACCACAGUCCAGAUUGAAGUAAAGGAAAAGAAUAAUUACCCUCCAAUAUUUCAAAUGUCCAAUUACUAUGGAACUAUCCCUACAAAUACAGAUAUUGGAAGUUUUGUUCGUAAUUCUAGUACCAGGAGUAAAUCACUCCAAGUAUUUGCCUCUGAUAGAGAUUUUCCAGAUGGUUUUAAUCCAGCUGUCAUAUAUAAGGUAGAGAACAGCACGGAUUUUACCGUUCUUCGCGAUGGAUACAUAUUGACUAGCUCUGUUUUCAACUCUCCUGGCACCACUGCGUUCCUAGUGAGUGCAACUGACGGUGCAACGUCUGAGAGGACCACAACUCUGGUUACAAUAGAAAUCACCCAAACACUCACCACUACCACAAGUACAACAACAAGCACCACUAAAGCCACAACUCACUCUACUCCAACAACAAUCAGCACCACUUCUGGAACAGGUACCACUACAACUACUACUCCUUCUACUCAGACAACGACCAGCACGACUGCUGGAACAGGUACCACUACAACUACUACUCCUUCUACAAGGACAACAACCAGCACGACUGCUGGAACAGGUACCACUACAACUACUACUCCUUCAACACGGACAACAACCAGCACGACUGCUGGAACAGGUACCACUAAAACUACAAUUCCCUCUACUCAGACAACAAAUACUGCUACUGGGACAGGUACCACUACAACUACAAAUCCAUCUAGUCGGACAACAACAAGCACCACCACUGGAACAGGUACCACUACAACUACUACUCCUUCUACUCAGACAACAACAAGCACCACCACUGGAACAGGCACCACUACAACUACUACUCCUUCUACUCAGAUAACAACAAGCACCACCACUGGAACAGGUACCACUACAACUACUACUCCUUCUACUCAGACAACAACAAGCACCACUACUGGGACAGGUACCACUACAACUACAAAUCCAUCUAGUCGGACAACAAGCACCACCACAGGAACAGGUACAACCACAACUACUACUCCUUCAACUCGGACAACAACCAUCACCACCACUGGAACAGGUACCACUACAACUACUACUCCUUCUACUCGGACAACAACAAGCACCACUACUGGGACAGGUACCACCACAACUACAACUCCAUCUAGUCAGACAACAACAAGCACCACCACUGGAACAGGUACCACUCCAACUCCAACUACUUGGACAACAACAAGUACCACUACUGGGACAGGUACCACUAGAACUACAACUCCAUCUACUCGGAUAACACCAAGCGGCAUUAGUUCGACAGGUAUCACUAGAACUCCCUCUACUCAGACAACAAAAAGUACCAUUGCUGAAACUGGAACUGUUACAACUUCUCCUACCACAGAAACAGGCACUAUUACAGGGAGUACUACCACUGGGACAGGUAGUACUGCUAAAAAUCCAGAGCCAGGUACUGAAGGAGUAUUGCAGAAUGCUAAUUAUUAUACCACCACUGACAUGGCAAUACUUGGCGCUACCCUGGGAGCUGUUCUUGCUCUGAGUUUGGUUGGACUGGCUUUCCUCAUUUAUAAGCAAUAUGGAAACACAAUACGGAGUAGACUGAUGAAAGACUCAGGAAAUAAUUCUGGAGGAUCUGGAGAUAGACAACUCAUAAAUGAGGAAGAUAAUUUGAGUGUAACACUGCCUUCAAAUCUGGACUUUGGCAUUGAUGGUGACAUAGUCGAAGUGUCCUAUGAAAAUAACCUACUUUCAGCUGCAGCAGUAAGCUCAGUACUUUUAACGAAUGCCCCAGCAGGGAGUCAGUCAUUGGAGGAAGAAGAUGGGGGGUCUGAUUCAGAGGACAAGACGGUAAAAUCCAUCUUAACUAAAGACUUGAAGGAAGAUGGAGGUUACAAGUCAGUGUGGUUUAGGGAGGAUGCUGCUCCACAAGUAAUGGUGAUUGAGGGAGCUGAAAGUGGGGAAGCAAAUGAUGAUGAUACAGAAGAAGAAUUCAGUAAUCAAAAUGGAGACGAUGAUGAGGAUGAGGAUGAGGAUGAGGAUGAAGAUGAACUUAAUCCAACAUUCAGCACUUCAAAUAACAAUGCAAUUAAUUUAAAUAAUAUAACCAUAUUCUAAGAGUCUUUUCAACCAUUGUACUUUAAGAUGACAAGCUUAUGCAAAUAUUAUAUUGUUGUACAAUUGCAUGUUGUGUAUUGCAAGGAUUGACAAUUCUGAACAUUAUUAGUGAUAAUCUACUUUUCUUUGGAGUAUUCAUACUUUACUUUUGUAUGUUUGCCAACAAAGGAUAAGAUCACUAGGGUACAAUCUUCUAUUGUAUUGUUAGAGGUGACAAAAUAGAAUCAAAAUACAUUAAGGGCAACCUGUUAUCUCAUGAUUUCAGUGGUCUGCUAAUGUCUGCAUUCCUUAGUUUUCAAAAAAGUUUGCAUAAUGGCUGUGCUGCACUGUAGAAUCAUAACUGUGAAGGGACGGGUGGUUUUUGGGCUUCCAUAAAGUCUUCCUUGGCCAUAUUAUUCACUGUUUCAGCUGCACAGCUAGAUGCAAUACACUCAGAAGCAGUGGAGUAUCCCCUCUAUAAAGUAUGCCAGCAAUGUACUGCUGUGAAGUACUUUUGUUUACUUCCCACUAUAUUUGUUUUCAGCUCCAGACAGAGCUAGCUCACAGAACAAAUAUGGAGGAGGAAAUCACAGACUCACAGGAAGCUCCUUUCAUCUUCAAAAGCUGUGUAGGAUCUCAGGAUCUCAGCUAGUUCUGAUAUGCCCCCAUUUCCUGUGACCCAUCUUAUGAGUCUGUUACUAGGGAUGGAUCUGGACUGCAAAUUAAGUGCAAGUGAUACCCUUAGUGGACAUAUUUAUGAGCUGCUGCUCCCCCUGUCCAACUGCUGCUGAUUGACAGUAUUCUCUCUAUUUUCUUUUCCUUGGAGAAAACUGUCAAUCAGCAGCAGGUGGGCCGAUGAGCAGGAACUCAUGAAAAAUCCUGAGUCUUCCAAAGCAGAGAUGACAGACCACUGAAAUUGGCAUAUCCGUGAUGACGUUAUGCUGUCCUCAGUGAGGAGGACAAGUUCCCUUAUUAAAUAAUUACCUUUUUUUAAAAAAAAAUCCUUUUCCUUUUCAGUAGUUCUGAGCCAUCUACUUCUGUUUUAUUGAUACUUAAGACACAAUGUAAUAUGAAAUUGCCACCUUUCUCCUCUGUUUAAAGGUGUUCUCUGGGAUUUUCAUAUUCAUGGCCUAUUCUCACGAUAGGUUACCAAUAUGAGAUCAACUCCUGGCACCCCCACCAAUUAGCUAUUUGAGGAAGCCGUGGCGCUUACCAAGCCCAGCACUGUUAAUUUGAUAAUGGCUGUGCUAGAAAUUCCAGCUCAGCCCCAUUCACGUAACUCCUGCUAAUCUAAUAUUGAUGACCUAUCCUGAUAGGCCAUUAAAGGGGUGGUCUCAUCUCAGAAAAUGGAGGCAUAUCGACAGGAUAUGCCCCCAUUGUCUGAUAGGUGCGGGUCCCACUGCUAUCGAUAACGGAGCCCUUAAAAUAACCGAGCGCUGGCUCAGCUAUUUCCAUUGGCCCUAUAGAAGUGAAUGGGAGCAAUGACCGGUCAUGCGCGGUGUGCUCUCAUUUACUUCUAUGGGGAGAGUGCUUGGUGGUGGCUGGGCCGGAGUCCUCCAGCCACCACACUGCGAGGCUCAGUUCCAAAUAUAGGUGUGGGUCCCGGCGGUAGGACCCGCACCUAUCGGACAAUGGUGGCUUAUCCUAGCGAUACACCUCCAUUGUCUGAGAUGAGACAACCCCUUUGAUAUCAAAAUCCUGGAAAACCCCUUUAAUAUGAAGAUUUAUUGGAAAUGAAGAACAUACUUUAAAGUAAAAUUCCAGGCAAGUACAGUGAUCAACAUGGAGAGAAUUAUUGUAUCAUUCAUCCCACAUUCCACCCUGUAUUAGGCACCUGGUGUAUUGUUUCUUUCACAGUUUCUGCUCCCCAGUGCCAUCAGGCAUAGUUUUUAAAGUGUUUUGCCUACUUUUUUAGUUUAUGUAUUAUCCUCAAGUUUUCCUAAAUUAUUUUUGUCAGGAGAUCUUCUCGGGCAAAUGUUCAAACUGUGGGAUUUACAGUAUAUACUAAGGCAGAAAUGAUAUAUCCUUAUCAUUCUGUCAUAUGCAUCUGUUAUAUGGCAUUAAUAAAACACUCAUGAAUAUUUAACCUACUGUGUGCUAAAUAGACCAGUAUAGCAGAUUAUUAGAGUUUCGGUUUGAGAUUUUGUCUUGUAAGGCGUACCUCCAGUGGAAAAUACAGCCUUGAUCGACGUGCCCAUCACUUUUUGUGAAGUAUUUUCCUUCCAAGCACAGCCCUUUGUGCUGUAGACUAGUGAUGAGCGGAAU